UAAUCAAAAUAUACUAUUUUCUAUUUUUUCAAAGAUUAAAAAAUUGUUCAACCAAUAUGUCAUACGAAUUUACAUCGGAUGAGGAAAUAGCCGGUUUUCGCACUGGUGACAAAUUUGUCGAUAUUACAGGUUUUGUUGAUGUGAUAAAUAAUAUAAAAUCUGUCAAUAUUAAAGGUCAACCAAGUUGGUUGUUUGCAGUCAUAUUAAAUAAUAAUUCAAAAGUAAGAAUGCGUGUAAUAUUUUGGGGUGACAAAGCACAAGAAUUCGUCAAAAAAAUAAAAAUGAAUGAGAUUUUGGAAAUUCUUGGAGUUAAUUUAUCAACAUCUAACCCAAAAUUCCGUAAUCCAAAAGACAAUAUUCAUAUUUUGGAAUUUAAUUAUCAAGAUUCAAGUAAGCUGAUUACACAUGGUCUUUUUGUUCAACCAGAAAUAACGCAUAUUGAUUAUCAAAACGUUGAAUUGGAAAAUUUGUUAAAAACAAAAAUUAAAUAUAUUGAAGUUAAAGCUUAUUUAAAAUCAAUGUUAUUAAUGGAAGAAGGAGAGAAGUCUCAUGGCUUAGGAAAAAUUGUUGAUCACAAAGAAAACUACGUCUUGGUUAAAAUUGUCAAUUAUCCAAAAGAAGAUGAACGUUUAAAAAUUGGUGUUGCAGUCAAAAUGCGUGGAGUCAUAUACGAUGAUCUUAAGCAUUCGCUUUUAAACACCAAUUUUUCAAGUAAAAGAUAUGGACGACGUGGAUGUGUUAGAAGAAAAAACGUUGCCAAUUUCACAAGUUAG